AUGGAUGGAGCAUUACAAGCACCGCCAGGAUCACCAGGACGAGAUGGCAAAGAGGGACCUGAAGGACCGCUGGGAAGGAUGGGGAAUGCUGGCCCGAAAGGAGAACGAGGACAGCGGGGACUACCAGGGGAGCAGGGUGAGGCAGGUGAUAGAGGAGAAACGGGGCCAAAAGGACUGAAAGGUGAGCGUGGACCACAAGGACC